AUGCCUCCGUCUCCUCCGCCGCCGCCGCCGCCGCCGCCGCUCGCUGGGGGCCGCCUCCCGCGGCGGGCCGGGGCCGCAGGGCCGCGGCGCAGGCCGCUCGGGCGCAGGGCUCGCGGCGUGCUCGGCGGCGGCGGCGGCGGCGGCGGCCCGUGCGGCUGCGCGGGGGAGGCGGGGGCGCCGCCGCUCGCCCGGAUGCGCCGGCCCCCGCCCCUGCGGCGAGCCCACCGCGGGGCCGCGCGCCUCCCUCGGGGCCGGGCCGGGCCGGGCGGCGUCGGUGACCGCCUCGGCCGAGCCGGCCCGCCCCGCCCCGGCGGCCUCCACCUAGACCCGCGCGCGGACAAAGAGGCCACCGCGGCGACUCCGACGGAACUCGGGCCGCCUCACGUCGAGCCGAAGCCGGGCUGGGCGGAAACGCAGGCGGCCCUCACCGCGCCGAGGAGCUUCUGGACGGACCCGAGCCGAGCGCAGGGCUGCUCCUGCCCCGGGGGCGGCCGCGCGCAGCUGCAGGGCGUGCGGCCCUCCCGAGCCCCGCGCCGGGCCCCGGGAGGCAGGAGCUGCUCGACCCGCGGGGCCGCCGACCCGCACCGCCGGAGGAGGCGCCGGGCCUGGGGGACGAAGCCGCCGCGGGCCCCUGCGGAAUGGGGGUCGUCCGGGGAAGACUUCCCGCCCGCUGCUCCGAGAGGGGCCCCGGGGAAGCGCUCCCCUCGGGCCCGCACUCCUUGGCCCGGCCUUCCUCUGGGAAGACCCCAGCUGCCGCCCUGUCGCUCCCACGAGGCGUACCGAGAGCUGGUCUACCGAAUUCGUGUCUACUUUUCAGUCAUCCACAGGUCUCUGUAUCUUGCUUGCCAUCCAAGAGCUGGAAUGAUUAGGGAUUAA